AACAAUUCAUCAACAACAAUCAAAAGUGAACAACAAUUUGCAUAAUUAAUGAAGCAAUUGAAGAAUUAUCAAAAGUACUCCAGAAUCAGAUAAUCAAAUGGAGCUUUCCGGCAAUCAUCAAUCAGCAAAUGCACUUUACACAAUAAUCGCCAUUAAUUUCCAGUAUAAGUGCAACAAAUCAUCCUUAAUUUCCAGUAAUAAGUGCAACAAAUCAUCCCUAAUAUGUCUGUAAUAACAGACCAACAAAGUCACUGUCCAUUCGGUCGUAGAAUCCCUUGUUACAGUAGAAGCAUUCCUCAUAGAUCCCCUCCCUCUGAGAGUAGAACCACUCCACGUAGCACCCUCUAAAAGUAGAAUCACUCCGAAAGUAGAACCCAAGAAAGUAUUACCCAAGAAAAAAGGUAACCUUAAUUAUGGUAUAAUUUGCUUGAACAUUUAUACAUUAAUAAAUAAUGAAUGAAACCACACCCUACAGACAGACACCCCAGUGCACUGCUGCACUAGUUCUUCCUUUACAAGAAAACCGCCCGAGAAAAACCCAGUUUUUCCUUAGAGAAAACUUCGUUCCUCCCGAAGGUAAAAUAACAAGGGGGGAAAAGAAAUGCAAAAGAAAGGCAAAGAACUACGCCUCAAAUUCCUUCCGCUUGUCGUUAACAAACAAAAAAAACACCCAACAAAUAGGGGAUGGGUGUAGUAGGGUGUUGUGGGGGCUGCCACCCCUCCCGUCCUUCGCUGAAGGGUGAAAACUUCUUGUGGAACUUUUGUGCGCAUGGUUUUGGCUUUUGUUGUGGUUUUUUGUGCUUGUAUUAACUUUGGUCGCAUUGCUAUGACAUUGGCCAGCGGCAAAGGAAAGGGCCAGGACCCAGGACCCACAACCAGGAACCGAUAGACAGUCGUUGGCUGUCACUCAUAAAAAACAAACGUCCAACUAUCGCAGAUAGAAAAAAAUUCCCCAUAUUGAUUGAAGCGCCCGAAAGGAUACUUUGAAGUUUAUUUGUGGGCGCAUGGUGUGUAUCGUAGAGUUUUUUUUGCUUCGAAAAUUUAACCAAAAUGUAAUUCAAUUCAUUUGCAAACCUGUAAAUUUAGUGGCAAAUUCGUCAGAUAUUAGCCAGAUGGGUUCCUAGCCACAACAACAACAACAAAUACAACAGCAACAAAAAUUCAUCGUGUAAUCCAUAAAAAUCCAUUCCAUAUAUCCUCUCGUACAUUUUAUGUGCCCAAUGCAAAGCAAUGCGACGUGCAAACAUCAAACGUGGUCAAUGUUUGAGUCUAAGACCACAAGGUAGCAGCAAGAUGGAUCGCUAUGAGAAGUUGAGUCGACUGGGCGAGGGAUCCUAUGGUAUUGUCUACAAGUGUCGGGAUCGAGAGACGGGCGCCCUAGUGGCGGUCAAGCGAUUCGUGGAGUCCGAAGACGAUCCGGCAAUUCGAAAAAUUGCAUUGAGAGAGAUAAGGCUAUUGAAGAACCUUAAGCAUCCAAAUCUGGUUUCCCUCCUGGAAGUCUUUCGUCGUAAGCGUCGCCUGCACUUGGUCUUUGAGUUCUGUGAACUGACGGUCCUCCACGAGCUCGAACGCCAUCCGCAGGGCUGCCCCGAGCAUCUAACCAAACAGAUCUGUUACCAGACCCUGCUGGGCGUGGCCUAUUGCCACAAGCAGGGCUGUCUUCACAGGGACAUCAAGCCUGAGAACAUUCUGCUGACGGCCCAGGGACAGGUGAAGUUGUGCGACUUUGGCUUUGCCAGAAUGUUGAGUCCUGGGGAGAACUACACAGACUAUGUGGCCACCCGAUGGUAUCGAGCGCCGGAGCUCCUCGUGGGCGACAUUCAGUAUGGCACACCCGUGGACGUGUGGGCCAUUGGAUGCCUCUUUGCGGAACUGGUGCGAGGGGAGGCUCUGUGGCCGGGGCGCAGCGAUGUGGAUCAGCUGUAUCUGAUACGGAAAACCCUGGGGGAUCUCCUGCCGCGACACAUACAGAUCUUCGGGCAGAACGAGUACUUCAAGGGGAUAACGCUGCCGGUGCCGCCAACGCUGGAGCCGCUGGAGGAUAAAAUGCCGCCCAAAUCAUUGCAGAAUCCCCUGACCAUUGACUUUCUAAAGAAAUGCCUGGACAAGGAUCCGGUGAAGCGUUGGUCCUGCGAAAAGUUGAUCAAACAUUCCUACUUCGACGACUACAUAGCCAAGCAGCGAGAACAGGAGCACAUCAAUAUCCUGGAGGCGGCCACGGUGCGGCAACAGCAGCUCGCCUCACAGCAGUUCAUGCUUGCCACAGCCGCACAGCAGCUACAAACGGGUGCGGGCCAGGCGGCAGCCAUUGCAGCGGCUCGUGAUAAAUCAAAGACUUCAAACACCUCAUUGCCGCUGUUGACCGGCACCCAGCAUCAUCAUCAUCCGCAUCAGGAUUACGGGAAGCUGCAGCCCUUGAACAAGAAUGGAAAUCUCCUCCAUCGCACAGAGCAUCAUCUGCCCACCAUAUAAACCGGAUGGGGGGAGGGAGCGGGUCUAAUA